CAGGCGAGCUUCCAGCGGAAGGCGCGCGGCAUCCUCCAGGACCCUGGGCGGAGGCAGGCCGGCGGCGCUGUGUGGCUGGACCUCGUUCGGCUCUGCCUCUUUGUCGAGGUCGUCCGGCACGUCAGCGACUCGUCCGCACGGGGCAGCGCGGUGCCGACUGGGCCGCGGAGGACGGCGCCAGCGUCGCUCGGCUCCGCCCUGAUGGGGAGCCCGCUGGGCGGCCAGCCGCGGCGCGGAGGCGCUGGCAGGACGCCGAUGCAGACGGGGGGCAUGGACCUGGCCCUCGGGGGACGCCAACCAGCCGCCCACAAGGAUCCCGG